ACCGAACAGGAACAUUCAUGAAUAUUCAUUUAUAUCUCCCAAUAUUAGGACGUCUGUGUUGGCUUUUGGGCAACGGAUGAAAAAGAUUAAUGGUGGGAGUUUUUGCUGGAGUGAUAUUCCUUUAAGAGUUGUGCUCCCAUUCGCUGCGCUGUCCCUGAAACUUGGGAAGUCAGGCAACUAGAUUCCACUGUUUGGAUCCUGAAGGAAGUGACGGGACUGAAUGAGUGAACCCGCGGGGGUAAAGAAAACACUAAAGAGAAAAACAGAAACGAAAUAUCAAAGGCAACGUGUGCUACAAAGUCGUGCAAGGGAGAGGAAGAAAUCCGCAAGCCAUGAUGAGAAUUCGUCCUCGCUAGUUAAGAGAACGUAGUCCCUGUAAACAAGGGGCGACAAGAGUAAAAAACUGAGGUUGCAGACCUACAACAAACACAAUACUGGUGAAGAGGUUUUUUUUUCGGGGAAUUGAAUCGUUCCUGUUAACAGCAUGAUACCUGUUUCGCAUUGCCUUAAAAUAAUGGGAGACGUGCAAUCACUCGGACUCUGCUUUCGCAUGGAUUUAUAGGCACAAUUCUUAAACUUUACCAAGCGAAACAACCUCAUGUAAAUUAGCUAUCAGUGUCCUGUAGUGUAGUUUGGGAACCGUUGACUCUUUCAUACACGAGUUUUCUUCUUCUGAAUUCGGGUACUUUAAGUUUUUGCGUUUUUUUCUGGAAUGUUUGCGAGGUGGCUUUUACCGGUUUCAGUUCGGAAUAAUGGAGUUCUUGUGACGCUCAUACUUUUGAUAUCGUUCAGCGUUUGUUCAGAACUGAAGGUGCGAGUUCGUUUAGCCGAUGGACAGAUAACCGAGGAGACCCUGGAAGCAGAUAGCGAGAGAGAUUCCAUCACAGUGGAGUUCAAACAAGGGGAUGGCACGCUCAUCACUUUCGUAGCUGAUUUUAAGCAGGAUGUGAAGAUAUUCCGUGCGCUGGUCCUAGGGGAGCUGGAGAGGGGGCAGAGCCAGUACCAGGCGCUGUGCUUCAUCGCACGCCUCAGUCACAAUGAGAUCAUCCCCAGCGAAUCAAUGGCCCGCCUGCGUCAGAAAAACCCGCGCGCGGUCCGGUCUGCGGAGGAGAGGCGGGGCGUGGAGCAGCUGACCAUGAGCGCGGCGGUCAACCUGAGCCGGGCGUGGCAGCUCAGCGCCCACAUCCACAACGUGUGCGGCGAGGCCCGCGAGUCCAUCUACGCCCGCGAAGCCGACGUCAAGCACUGGCUGGAACAGGGCGCGGAGGGCUCCGUGUUCGAGGCCCUGCCCCCGGCGGCGGGCGUGCCAGAGCUGCAGCCGUGCCGCGCGGUGCGGGACCUGUGGCAGCCGUGCGCCUGCAGCUACGGCCUGCGGCUGGAGUGGUACCCCUGCCUGCUCAAGUACUGCCGCAGCCGCGAGCCAGCCGGCAAGAGCAGCCCCUACAAGUGCGGCAUCAAGAGCUGCAGCAAGGGCUACCGCUUCGAUUACUACGUGCCCCGCCGCCAGCUGUGCCUGUGGGACGAGGAGACCUAACGGCACCGCCCCCCCCUCCCACCCCAACACGCGCUGUGAGCAGCGGGCAUGGGGGGGGGUAGAGGGGUGGGAUGGGGUGGGGGCGGGGGGUGCUGCAGGAAGGAGAGUUCUCGGUAGCCAGAUAUGUAGACGUGGAGGUUGUCCCUCGGCGUCGCUGAUUGGUCGGAACAGAACGAAAGGACAAGCCCACUUCCUGUUACAGCCACUCACGCCUCACUGGCGCCGGAUGCCUCCCCUCUAGUGUUGAUUUACGGGGGAGCAGCUUCGCCGUUGGCUGGUGUUUACUUUGCAUUCCGACAGAGCAACGUCCCUACUGGCUGCAUUUCACCUUGAGUGCCAGUGGAGCCACUGUGCCUUUUUUUAGCCUCCAGUACCUCCUGAACUUCCAGUAGAGCUCCUAUUGGCUGUUGUUACCUCCUCGAGCUCCAUCAGAGAAGCUUUCCCAUUGGCUAUUUUUAACCCCUGCGUUUGGAUGUUACUGAAAUGUUGCUUCUCAGUUUUUUAACCACCUUGUCUUAUGUAUGUGAACCUGCUUAACAUGACUGAACUCAGUUCUUGUACGACAUUCCCACAGGCCAGGGGCAAUGGGCACCAGACACUGGCCUAGAGCCACACUGGCAAACUAAAAGGAGAUGUGUUCUGAGAGAGGAGAGAGAGUGAAAGAUGAGGGGACAGUGUGGUCAGUCCGGCAGGGAUGGGAGCUGAACUUAUUGAGCUAAAUAUUUGUGUCUAUCUCUCUCUCUCAAUGUAAUUUGCCUUAAAGCUUCCCCAAUUCAGGUCUUAUUUAUUUUUUAACACCGAAUACAACAAUAGCCACAUCUAUAAAUAAUCAUUGUUCGUGUUUUGUGUUAAUUUCAUAUUGAAAUUGUUUUGUUGUUUUUGCUGUCAUUAAUGUGAUUGAAUUAUUUCUUUCUGCUCAUCUACAGUAUGUGUGUAAGUAGCCCAGCUUUGUGCUAAGACUGCAUCUUCUGUUGCAGAAUCGGAGGGUCAGUCCACGCAGAUUCCUGAAAAAGUCAAAUGUUUCCAGUUCUAAGACUUGAGGGCCAUUUCAGCUGCAUACCAUUAUGGCUGUGGGUUGCAUUGUCAUACAUUUCAUGCUGAUUAUUUUAACUGUGUCUUCCACUUGUUGCAUUCCAGUCUUUGGUGCUCUCCAGUCACCUGUGUUGCAUUGAAAUGCAUUCAAGGAACGAAUCAAGCUGGUCUUCCCCGGUGACAAUAGUGUUUAUACAUCUAGAGCGUGUGCGUGAAGGAGAAAAAGAGAGAGCAGAGAAAGACAGUCAGCGAAGCGAUGCCCUUUAACCUUUCAGUAUGACUACAGCGAUUGCUAGCAAGUGUGAGUUUGUAUUCAUUAGAACUGAACUCAAGCUAACGGUACUGAGAGAAGGUUGGCUCUGGGAUAUCUGUGCCCUCAGCUUGUCCGGACAUUACCAUGGCCAGCAACAUGAUUGUUUCUGGAACCUCUAUGUUAUUUUACCUCAGGCACGUACCAGGACCUUCUGAAGUAACUCCUGAAAGUAAAUGUGUUCCCUUCCCCAAAGUCAGUAACCGUGGUUCACAAAGCAUGUCCUCCGCGGGCCUGGUUUGGUGUUCUGUUCCAUAUGCAGUAUUAACGGAAGCGUAGAGACCGCAGUGUUGUUAAAUUGUGAAAGAUGAAAAGCCUGGUUUUCUUCAUGCCAGAUGAAUAUCGGGUAUCCAUAGUAACUGCGUACCCAUCUGUAGUCUCAAACUAGUCAGUGUGUGUGAGUACUGGUCUUUGUAUAAAGCAGAUGGGGGCCUGUAACAUGAUGGCAUUUGACUGGCCAGAUGAGCUCUAACCCCUCCCCCACUCCCAUUUUCUGGACCAGUCCUAGCAUUGUUAUGUCAUAAUACCAUGCGGUGAUGCAAGACCCCAUGUAUCGAGGAAAGGGAUGGAGAAGGCCAAUGUGCAUGUGUACAUCCAUGGUUCACCAGUGCGUGUUACAACUGACUCCCCUCUGGAGUGGUUCAUCAUGACUGAGCCAAAAUGGCCCAAGGGCUGUUUGCAGAAGGGUGGACUCUCGCUGUAGCUUAUGGCAGUGACCUCUGUAAGUAGAAUGGUGUCAUAAGGUGGGAUGAGGCAGGAUACUUGUAAAGGGGGACAGUCUGUGAUUUUUUCCACUUUCACUUUUUAAGUUCCUUGCGGCUCCAGUAAAGCUGAGCAAUGAACUGUGCGCUUAGCUUGUUCUUACUGUUUUUAAUGACAUUUUAACAUUUCUUUAGUGAAAGUGUCUUCCUUAUCCAUUUCGCCUUGUAUUGUGCAGGUGUCUCACAUACUGCAGUGUUCAUCUGCUCUCUAAGGGACACCUUUCAUUACCCAUAAUGCCAUGCUGCAAAAGGCGUGAGACCUGUCCAGGCCUGUUGGUCAAGCGUCAUGCAGGUGUCAGUUUCAUCUAUCAAUUAGUAACUGAGGUGUAUCUGGAACACCAGGUGAGGUCACUUCCUAUCCAAAUGAUGUCUUCAGUGAUACAGUUCAGAGCUGGGGUUGGGAUAAACCAGGGCUCUUCAGAACAAUCCUCCCCACCCUUCCCAGACACUGUCAUUUCCUUCAUAAGACAAGCAAAUGGCAGCUGCAUGAGUCCGCUCCAUUCUACUUUCAGCAGAAGAGAAGGUUGUUGUCGUUAUAUGAUGCCAAGCCUUCAUCAUUAGAUACACACUGUUCAGUUUAUAGUUCAUUUGCUUUUGUCCCUGUUCUACCUGUGGGCUAUAUGGAAGCAGCCGUGCAGUAGCUUGGCCAACAGAACGUUCAGCUGGCUGCUAAAAAUAUGCCCUUGUGGCACAUUCAGCUUUUCCACACGCAACCUCGUUGCUGUGCCUACGCGAUUGAGACUGAAGGCAUUUUGUUCAUAGAUUGAGCGGAGAUCAUAUUAAGAACUGAAGACGCUUUGUUAUGAAGAGUGUUGUCUGUAUGGUGUCCUUUGUAAUUGACGUAGCCCAGCAAGUACUAUUUUAUGUGAGUGUUUUGCGUAUUGUAUGUUGCAGAAGAUUGUAAUGAGGAACUAUGUCUCAGGCAGGACCAACUCUGUACAAAUAGUCACCAGCAGGGAAAUAAUUAUUUCAUAUUGUAUUGAUUUUCACCUGGUGAUUAUAACUUUGGUUGUCUCUGUUUAUAGCAUAACAGAAUACUUACACGAAUGAAAUCUACAUGUUCAUUCAAUUUUGUUUUUCCUAAUUUGUCUUUUUUUUUUUUUACAACAUACACAUUUUGUUUUGUUUUUUAUAAACCAAAAAAGGCAAAAAGCAGUCUACUGGGAACAAAAUACACUAACCUUUCUCUGUUUUUGGGAAGUGCCUUAAACACAUCAGAUAUGUUGCUCUAGUAAAAGUACCACGGCUAAAAGUUGCAAACAUAUUUUUGUAUAAAAUGUCUUGUAAAAAAAAAAAAAGUAUGUGAAGAGUGAUUACAGAAAUAUGAAGUAAUUUGUACGAUUAUAUAUAUAAAUGUUUAUUUGUCCUGAGCGGACAGAAUAAAAGUCUCUUUUUGCACUGCA